GGAGCUGCAACAUUGCCAUGGGCAGCCACUUGGCUUCCUGCGCAUUGCACUGUGGGAUAAUGGAGGACUUCCUCCUCAGGAUCCCCAAUGCUAUAAGUUCUGCUGCACCGGUCAUGAGGACACAUGGUGCAUCAGAGCUCUAGCAACCAUUUGCUCAUGUGGGGGAGGCAGGAAGGCUCCUUCCUCCCCCCCAGCCCUUCCUAGCUACCAGGGUUUUGAUCAUGUGAAUGACCUCUAUAUUUGUUGGAUAUGAGCAAGUGAGGAAGGGGUGGCAGGCUCAUGCUUGCUUCUUCCUUUUCCACUUUCCUCCUUCCUUCAUGCAUCCAGCUAAAUGCAAUGCUAAAUGCAUUCCUGGUUUGUCAAACCACACCAGGGGUGCUUAUUCCUCCACCCAAGCAUUUGAGAAGUCCCCCCCACAACUUCCCCCACCAAACUUAGUAACCCAUAUCUCCCCACCCCCCACCAAGUGUCUUUUCUCUCCAUCCCAAAAAUUUGAGGAGCUGCUCUUCAAGCUUCUCCUCUGUCUGUAUCCUUGAACCACAUUUUCCCAUGAUGUCCAAACCAGGAAACUGUGAUUUGAGUGAUUUCCAACAUGCCAGUUGAUCAAACCAUGAAUAAAUCAUGAAUAAAAAUAGCAAAUUUUCUCACAACUUGAAAAUUAAGAUAGCAGUUUUCUGUAACACUCGACAGGGUUAAUUAACUUAGCAGAGCUAGGGAGAUUUAAAAUAUAGUCUGACUCUUUAAAAAAAGGAGAAAGAAGGAAAGAAAGAAAGACUGUGUGCUCUCUUUCAAAUGCAAAGCAUAUGUUAUUAAGACAAAAUAUAUUUGUUUUCUGUUAUUUCUAGAGUUUUUGGAUGGGUAGUUGUGGGUUUGUCUUGCUCAUGCAUUUUAAAAGGAAGCUUCUCAAAUGAGAUUUCAUUCCUUUUGUGUACACCUGAUUAUAUCAGUCUCAUUUGGAAAAGAAAGAGUUACAGUGGGUAUGACUUUGUUUCCUUCCCCCCUACUAUCUGGAAUGCUGGUAGUCUGGAGGCUGUUUAGUUCUAUAGCCAAGAAGAAUCAAGCCAACAAUAGAAGACAAAGGCAUCAUUUUGAUUGAUCCUGCUAAUAAAAUUGUCAAAGUUCCUUUCAGAAUUUUGAUAUUUAGAAUUGCGCAGAACAAAGCUGGGAAGAAUCAUGACGAGAUCUUUCCCCUCCAGGCGUCUCUCUGUUAUAUACAGCAUACCCACUCCUAGUGACUCUGAGUGUCUCUCUGGACUGGGUCUGUCUCUUCCCCAGAACCAGGCAUCACAAAAAGAAAUGGUAUGCCUAGAGCAUUCUUUUGAUGAAAAACUGAGUUUAUGUUUCUGGAAAAGAUGGCUGUUAGAAAUUUUACCGAUGAUGUCCUUGACUGUCACUGUAAUUCUGUUGGUCCUGUACUAUACCUACUCUCCAACAUUCUCUUUUAUCUAUGUCGGUGGAAGUGUAGAGAUCCCUAACCUGACCUACACAAGUGAUCUAAUGCAUCCCACAUCACGUACAUUUAUACUGCAAGCUGAAGCAGUCCAGAAUUGUUUUGCAGAAUUGUAUGAGACUUCUGCCUUAGGAAAUUAUUACUUGAAAUCUAUUAUUGCUGCAUUCAGUGAAGGAAAAAAUGGUCUCCGAGCUUACUACUGGAGCACAUUUUGGGGUCCACAAGAUAUUGUUCUCCCUAUUAAAAAUCUAACCUCAGCAUAUCAAAAGCAAAUCACCAGUAAAAAGACAUUGUCUGUGAACAGCUCUGCUGAAACAUUUUCUCUAGAAGAGGAUUUUGAUAUCACUAUGGAGCUUUUUGUUUCAGAUUCCAUGGACUAUGAUGUGACGUUAAAAUCAGCCACUGAUCUGUUUUGGUUUUGUCUACCAGUGGCCUUUGACCUCUAUGCAAAACCUGGUAAUAAUAGGACAUUAACACUGAUGAAUCCUAAGAAAUCUUUUUAUCAGUGGAGGCUGCGAGUUCCGUCUGACUAUGUUGUAAGACUGGUAGUGGUUACCUCACAUGGCGUUACUCCGGGGAGCUGUGCAUCUCACAGGCUAUCUGCAUAUGAUUUCCUUCUCCCGCUACAGAAUAAGAUCAUUACAAGAUGGUGUGGAAUGUCUGGGGCCUGGACUCCCCCAGUUAUACGGUUAACUUCAUCAAGUAAUGUAAUGUUGGUCACUUUCUCGCUGGAUCGAAGAAAAGAGAGCAAUAUAUUGAAAGCAUAUUUCCAAGCGAUCCCUAAAAUAGUGUGUGGUGGCCGUUACAUCUCUUGGAAUGGGACUGUAAUUUCUCCUUAUUACCCGAGUUACUAUCCACCCAAUAUUGACUGUCACUGGAUUAUCAGGGCACCACUACCUGGAUAUAGACUGCUAUUAAAAAUUCUUGUGAUACAAGUUCAGGAGCCAUCUCCAGGAUCCAAUAAAUGUGAUAAAGAUUGGCUAGAAAUUGAUGGAGUUAGAUAUUGUAAACCUAUUGCAGAAGGCAACAGGAUCAAGGAAUAUGGCUAUUCGGUUACAAUCAAUUUCCAUUCAGAUGAACUGGUCACACACAGAGGAUUCUAUGUUGAAUUCAGAGCUUUCAGUCACAUGGAUCCUUGUCCUAGGCAAUUUAAGUGUUCUGACAAAACAUGCAUUCCAUUGAACAAUAAGUGUGAUGGGUGGAAAGACUGCACAGAUGGAAGCGACGAGGUAGACUGUGGCUGCAAUCCAGCAGAGCCUAAUUGUGGCAACAGGAAGUGUAAGCACAGUUCCAGGCCUUGCAGAGGAGGUGACAGCUGUGAGGACAAUAGUGAGGAAGAGGACAGUUGCUCAUAUAAAAGUUGUUCACAGCACACAUACAAAUGUCUAAAUGGAAAGUGCCCGAUAAAGCCAAAUCCAGAGUGUGAUGGAAUUAGAGAUUGUGCAGAUGGAUCAGAUGAAAUGAACUGCGCAUGUGGAAAGAGCCAGAUAAAGAAAACGAGAAUUGUUGGUGGGGAAGAUGCAAGAUCUGGAAAAUGGCCUUGGCAAGCAAGCUUGCACCUGGGAACAUAUGGGCAUGUAUGUGGUGCAUCUAUUAUUUCAAAUAGGUGGCUGGUAUCUGCUGCCCACUGCUUUCAGGACUCUGAUUCUAUAAGAUACUCCAUAACAUCUGGCUGGACAGCAUAUAUGGGUACCAGGAUUAUUAACAAAAACAGCAACAAUCAUAUAGUAAUGCGACCUAUCAAAAGGAUUAUUGUCCAUCCAUAUUACGACCAAUAUAUCUCAGACUAUGACAUUGCCCUGUUGGAAAUGGAGGCACCAGUAUUCUUCAAUGAGCUGGUACAGCCCAUAUGUUUACCAAGCAGUCCUAGAGUAUUUAUUUAUGGAACUGUCUGCUAUGUAACUGGCUGGGGAGCCCUAAAAGAAAAUAGCCAGCUUGCAAAAACACUGCAGGAAGCCAAAGUGAAAAUAAUUAAUCAAAAUGUUUGUAUGAAGCUUUAUGAUGAUCUGAUUACUUCUCGGAUGCUAUGUGCUGGAAAUCUUAAUGGUGGUAUUGAUGCAUGUCAGGGUGAUUCUGGAGGUCCAUUGGCCUGCUUAGGAAAGGGGAACAGAUGGUUCCUUACAGGCAUUGUCAGCUGGGGUGAAGGAUGCGCUCGAAGGAACCGUCCUGGAGUUUACACCAAGGUCACAGCACUUUAUGACUGGAUUCGUCAGUAUACAAACUGACAAAUGAGUUGAGGAGAAAACCAAAAGAACCACACAACAUCCUUAAUAUGAUGGACCAAAUACUUUAUAAUAUCAUAAAGCUGAUGUGAAGAAGGAAUAUAGAUGUUUUCCAUUUGGCAUACGGCAUACCACACACACACACACACACACACACACACACCCUAAUGAAUUUUGCACUUCUAAAGAAAAAUAGAUGAAACACACAGAGCUUGUUUCACUUAUGUUAACUGGUGUUGUUCCAUCAGCAAAAAUGGUAUGUUUCCAUCAGCUACUUUCAUCAGUAUCUACUUGAAACUAUUUCAAUGUAGUUCUGCUUUGUAUCAUUUUUGUUUUUGUUUUUGAUAAGAUUAAUAUUGCUGUUAAGGUUGCUGUGAAGAUGUAUGUAGUUUCCCCCCCACACACACACCUUUCCUGAGGUCAGAGAUUGUCCAGUUUUGAGGUUUAUGAAGACCUUUGGAAGAUACAAAAAUACUAAAAAAAUAAACAUUGCUUUACUUUUUUUGAUGAAAUCUGCAGACUGGAAGUUUUAGUGUCCUCUCUAUCAGAAUUCUUGUCUGAUCUAGCUGACUUAAAUCUUGCUUCCUCAGUUCUCCAAGUGGACUUUCUAACCAUAUAUCUAAGCAUUAAACAUUACACUGAAUAUGAAUAGAAACAGGAGUAGCGUCCUCUCAGUAGGCUGCCAUCCAUUCCUCCA